GCAGAAGUGCGCGUCUCUUGUUGCAAUCGAUCAGCUGUUGCGUGCGCGUUCGCAACGUGUUCGCAACGCUGGAGAUGGGUAUCUUGUGCGAUAGAUUUGAUGUUUGUUGUGCAUCAUAAAUUCGUGCUUCCGACAAACGUCUUUGUAUUCGAACCAAUUCGAACGUACAUCGACAAUGUCGAACGACGGACGGAAAGUGGAGACGAACGCUUCUACGUCCGGCGAGAAUGCGUCUCAGUCGAACUCUGAACGAAAUCCGCCGCGAAACGAAAAAAAAAACACUCGAGGCUCUCGGCAGAAAGCUGUGGACAACUUAUCCAAGAAAUUUCUGCGGAAUUUUGAUCCCGAGCACAGCGAAAGGGAAAAACGUAAGCUGUAUCGUCGACUGUAUCAAGGCCAUAAAAAACAUUUAUACGACGAAAAGGGCAUUUACUUGCUGACAGCAAAUGAUCUGUGCGAUUGUUUGAAUAUAGACUGUAAUGGAUGUCACUACCCAUGUCCUAAGUGCUACUCCACCAAGUGUGGUCAUGAAUGCAGGAGUUAUCGCAAAUGGACAUAUGAUGUUAUCCUCUGUGAAGGUGCUGAUUCUGUAAUAAAAAAUCCACUGGUGAAGGAAUCUUAAGCAGUGAGCGAGAUGUAUAAAUGUUGGAUAACUUGAUUGUGAUUUGAAAGGGUUAUAUAUAAGGUAUUUUUAAGAAGUAUUGAGCUUACAAUCUCCUUUUCAUAAAGCGUAUCCUUAUAAAGAAACAAAUGUAAAAAUAUGAUAUUUCUGAUACA